UGUUCUCAUGGACCUUGUCUCCCCCCUCCCUGUGCGGCCAUUGUCUAUCUCGCUCUGUCCGUGUGCCAGUGUGCAUGAUACUCUCGCGUCGCGGUGCUCUCGUCCGGUAGCCGCGGCCCGUUCUCGAAUCGACGAGUCCUUUACUCGUCCGUCGUCCUUCGCCGCGCAACGACGCGUACGGUGACGCGCGCCGCUCGGGUUUUUCAGUUCGAGAAACGAUACUGGAGAAGAACAGUGGUGUGUGCCGCCUCCCCCCACCUCCCUAUGGAGGAGCAGAGUAUCGAGAUAUCGAGGGACUGCCACGGAGGCUGACGCGCAGAGACGUUCGAGCGCCCCCAGCGAUCAUGCGCGACGGUCCCUAGGGGCUGAAGAAAUCGUCGCCUCUCUUCUUGCGAUUAUCUAUUCGCCGUGUUUCGACCGCCACACGUGAAUAUUCCGUCUCCUUCGGAGAGCGUCGUGCUCGUUUGGAUGUUUUGUGGACCGUAAGCGCAGUGACGAUAAAGAGAUAUCGACGGAUUAGCUUCGGUUUUUUUUUUUGGUGGCCGUACCCGCCAUGGCGGAGGUUCGUGAUAAGUGCAACGUACUCCGUUUGUUUGGAUGUUGAGUGCCCAGGGCCGACCUUGGGGCUCCAUGAGUCGAUCACGACGCUGACGAGAGAAGCAUGGAUUACUCGACGAAAGUUACUGUUAAGAGUGAUCCCGAUCAGGGACACAACGAGACGCAAGCGGAUGCUGCAUCGCCACUAUCGAGCGUGGAGUUACCAGAGAGCGCUCAUCCGUGCCCCGCGUGCCCUACGGUGCUGCCCAGCUCGCGGGAGCUGACGAACCACCUGCGCGGGCACAAUUCGCCGCGCAGCACCGACUGCAGCGGCGAGGACGAUUACUGUUGCGGGGUAUGCAACAAGGUGCUAAGCUCGGCGAGCUCGUUGGACAGGCACGUGCUGGUGCACUCCGGUGAGCGUCCGUUCAAGUGCAAGUACUGCGAGAUGGCGUUCACGACGAACGGGAACAUGAACAGACACCUGAGGACCGCGCACUGCACCGCGUCGCCGCAUAGUUGCACGGACUCCGAGGGCAGCAGCGACUCCGAGAAACCAUCGAAACAGAGACACAUCGAGGAGUACAACAACAACGAGAUUGCGAAGAGGAACUCGCCGGACUUCAUCGACAGGCAAGAAAAGUCGCCGAGCCUGACGGGCAAACGGAAGUGCACGGACUAUCUGAGCGACAACGAGGGUCAGAAGAGGCACAAGAUACUGUUGAACGACUCGAGGACGGAGAUGAAAUCGCGUCCGGACGACAGUCAGAACGUGUACAAUUGCCCGGUGUGCGGUAGACAGGACUUUGCCACCAGCGCCCUCCUCGAAGCUCAUUUGGAAUGCAAUCAUCCGGAGUUCCCCGCAAAAUGCGACGCCUGCAACCGGUCGUUCAAGAACCAUCGGGUGCUGAACCUGCACCGUUUCAUGAACCACUUCGCGGAGCACUCGAUAGGGAGCACCGCGAGGAACCUGAGGAACUCCGUGGUGGGAUUCAACGAUCUGACCUUCGUGGAUUUCUCGUCGGACAAGUUCCCGACGAUCGCCAGGGCGGUUUGCGAGCAGUCCUUGCACCGACCAGCUUCUGGUGAGGUAGCAAAGUUCCAGUGCUCCAAGUGUUUGAGAGCGUUUCCGUGCAGAUCAGCCCUGGACGCCCACGAGACCGACUGCGGGACCGCGAACCCGCAGUCGAGACCGAUCAGCGACAACCAGUCCAGGAGGGACGACUUCUUCGCAGGACUGGACCUCCAGAACAAGGCCGCCCUCACCGAGGCCAAAGAGGGCAAAGACCUGGCCGACAUCCAGAGCAUCAUAUCGGUCACGUCUGGUCCUAUACUGCAAAACUUUCCACGAUCCGAUGCCAGCACACCGGAGAACAAUAUGAAAUUCAACCCCAGUGUCGGCUCGUCCGGCUCUUCGGGCACGUUCUCGUCGGAGUACCACGAGGAGGAGGCACAGGAUGCGUUCGCCGCCGAGUUCAGGAAGAUGAAGAUGAAGGGCGAGUUCCCGUGCAGGCUGUGCACCGCGAUAUUCCCGAACCUGAGGGCGCUGAAGGGCCACAACCGAGCGCACAUGGGCGUGGGCCCCGGGAUGCCGUAUCCCUGCAACAUGUGCUCGUACACCAGCACCGACAAGGCUACCCUGGUGAAGCAUCUGAGGUCGCACAACGGCGACAGGCCGUACGAAUGCUCGUUGUGCAACUACGCGUUCACCACCAAGGCGAACUGCGAGCGCCACGUUCGAAACAGCCACGGUAAACUGACGAGGGAGGACAUAAAGAGCGUGCUGAUAUACCAUCCGAACGAGAACUCCACGAACGAGAGCGUCGAGAGGAGCUCGCCCAGGGUGAUCAAGGACGACGUGCGAAAGAGCUUGGUGUACCCGAGCGACCGUGACGAGCUGCAGCAUCAAACGCAGCUGCACUAUCCGUCGGUGCCUAUGGAGAGCCGUGGCGAGAUCAGGAUAAUAGAGGAGGCGAAGCUGCACAACGCGAACUAUUACGAAAAGACGGAGGCGUUCCCGAGGCCCGCGCAACCGAUCGAGCUGACGCAACGGAACCCGGCCGACCGGAAGCCGACGCAGGACGGCAAAACGGACUACACGAAGCUCGACGAGGAUCUCGAGUCAAGGUCAUCGGAAGGCAGCGUGUCUCUAGUCAGUGAUACCAAAUCAGAUUCGCACCAAAGAAUACAAGCUAGUCCGAUGAACUUGAAGAAGGGUCUGAACGCGUCGGAGAACGUCGGCGAGGACGGGCCGUUGGACCUGUCGAUGGACGUACUGGAUCUCAGCAAGAAGUCGAAGGACAAGGAGGACAACGAGUUCGUCGCGUCGCACGAGCACUACGGAAAGAACCAGAAGGAACUGUACAACGCCACCAGCCAGCUGUUGCUCACCGAGGCGCUCCUGAAGGCUGGACAGGGCACCUCACAGCCGCCAUCUUUGGAGGCGCUGUACGCGAAUGCGCACCUCAUCUACAGAAACUUCGGAACAUUCCCCGGCGGCGUGGGCGCCGGUAUUCUGCCGCCGUACCUGUUCAAUCCUCACGUGUUCGGGCAGGACUUCUCGAUGAAGGAGAGGCUGCAGAAGGAGCUGGUCAGAGGCCUGCAGUUAACCAGCGGCGGCACUCUGGUGGAACCGCCGUCCAUCGGUGGUACCGGAUUCCCGGCUUUCCCGCCCAGCAGAGACAUGAACGCUCAGGCCACCGAGCAGAACGACUAUGCGAAGCUGAUCUCCGCCAAGAUAGCCAGCAAAGCGUUGUCCAGCCGCGAGAAGCCCGACAACCACAUACCGUCCGCGAACUCCGUGAAGAUGGUGAUCAAGAACGGCGUGCUGAUGCCCAAGCAGAAACAGCGACGAUACAGGACGGAGAGGCCGUUCACCUGCGAGCACUGCUCGGCCAGAUUCACCCUGAGGAGCAACAUGGAGCGACACAUCAAGCAACAACAUCCUCAGUACUGGAGCCAGAGACCCAGGGGCGGUCACUCGACCAGAGGCAGGCCACCCUCGAACAACCCGACAUUGCUGCAGAAUCUCGCGACAACGCAAGCCACGCAACCGUACCCAAACAUCCUACCGAAAGCGGAGCAACCGGCGAGCUCCGAGUACGCGAAGCAUCCAAUCUCGGACCAGGUGAAGUACGCCAUCCUGGCGCAGCAGUUGAAGGCCAACAAGGUCGAGGAGGACUCCGAGGAGGAGCUGGUGAUCGACGAGGACCCGCAGGAGAAGGACGCCCAGGAAUCUCAGGAGCAGAAGAAGUGCACGAGCCUGCUGAGAGGACAGCUGGAGGCAGACUCCACGAAGGAGAUGGCCACCGUGAAGGAGGAGGUCGAGGAGCCCUCGAAAGCUGACUCGGAAUCGUCCAACACCGAGUCCGCUCACAGUGACAACGCCGACGAGGCAAAGACCUCCGACACGGAGAAAGCAGCGGAACCAGAGGACGCGAUGAGCGACAAUGCAGGCGAUCGCGUGUUCAAGUCGGACCCGGACGAGGAGAAGCAAGAGAAGAUGGAGGACGGGACGACGGACCUGGCGAGCGUCUCCGAGCUCCUGGACAACGCGUCGCAACAGUACCAGCAGUUCCAGCCGCAAUACCUGAGCGACGAGGAGGGCCUGGUCGCGUCGAACAGCGACUGCAACAACUCCGGUAGCGACGAGAAGUCCGACUCGGUGAACUCGCUGAACUCCGUCGCCACCGCCUCGUCGAAGAAGAAGAAGAAAAAGAAGAAGAAGAAGAAGAAGAAGUCCGCGUACUCGAUGGCGCCGAACCGCGUGAUCUGCCCGUACUGUCAGCGACCGUUCCCGUGGACGUCCUCCCUGAGGCGACACAUUCUGACGCACACGGGACAGAAGCCCUACCAGUGCAUCCAUUGCUCGCUCCUGUUCACCACGAAAUCGAACUGCGAUCGCCAUCUGCUCAGGAAGCAUCACAAGGCGAACCCGAACAAGAUCCGCAGGUCCAGGAACUCGUCGUCGCCGGAAAGCCAGGCAGUGAUCGGCAACAACAACUCUUUCUCCAUGAGAAACGUGCCCGAGAGGCCAUACAAGUGCAACCAGUGCCCCAGCUCCACGUUCUCCACCCUGGGGAACCUGAAGAAACACCGUUCGACCAAGCACGCGCGCAAGACGAAGUGUAGGUCCGACACGCCGUCCAGCGAACCGCAGAACAGCCCGCAGGAAUGCACCAAGCAGAACGAGCAGACCGACUACGACAGCCAAUCGUCGAGCGUGUCCGAGAGCAUGGAGACCUCGUCCGUACCGGAGCUGCCCAAGACGACCGUGAACACCUCGCCGUCUACCAACGACACGCCCAGGUCCAGGAGACCGUCACCGAGAUCGUCGCCGGGUCCCAGCGACGUCCCUUUCAAGUGUCACCUGUGCGACUGCGGUUUCGCCGAGAGGCAGGACUGUCUGGAGCACAUCAAGAUGAAUCACAAACGAUCGUACGAGAUGCUGGUGGCGAAGGGCGCCCUGGACAUGGACAUCGACACGGCCGAGGACCAGCAGCAACAGCAUCAGCCGCCACCCCAUCAUCCCAGCGACGGCGAAGAGAAACGGGGACGUUUCCCGGACUAUAGUAACAGAAAGGUGGUAUGCGCGUUCUGCAUGAGGCGGUUCUGGUCCGCGGAGGAUCUGCGUCGACACAUGAGGACGCACACGGGCGAACGACCGUUCUCCUGCGACAUCUGCGGCCGUAGGUUCACCCUGAAGCACAGCAUGUUGCGACACCGAAAGAAGCACGAGUCCAUCGACUCGUCGAUGUACGUGGGCACCAGCGGCGACGAGGAGAACUCGCCCACGCAGCCGCCGCCUAUCACGCCACGGAGCCAACAACAGCCGCCGAUCCUGGUGGCGGCGAACUCCGGGAAUCCCAGGAUCCAGGACAGAAUCUCGUUGCCCACGGUCGCGCCUGUAGCCACUGGCGACGCGGCGCCCAGCGGACUGAUGAGAUUCAAUCCGUACGAGAAGCUGACUACCCUGACAGGGAAGCUGGCAGGCAUCCCGCAGAACGCGAACCCCGACGCCAGCGAGAGCGCGGACGAUUUGAUCUCUAACCUCCUAGGAAUAAGGGACAAGAACUUCAUCGACCGGGUGCUCCAAGCGUCGGCCGACGACGCUGCCAAAUUGCUGGGAGUAAAACGCAGCCACGAAUGAAGCCCCCUUCGCCCGCUGACCCUGGACAUUUCACGACCGUGCCUUAGGUUCCUCCCCCUCCUCGUGCUAGGCGAAGUCGACUGGUUGACUGAGUUGAUCUUCGUGGGAAUGUUAGUGUUCUUAGGCGUACGAAAAAAAAAAGGUACACGAUACGCGGGACUUUGACGCGUCUGCUUCAAUCCUUUCGUUACCGGGGCUUGUACAACGAUUACAGUUCGUACGGGAGACCGUCCGUGAUGGUUGGAUGCUGAAGAUGUUCGCUACGUAGAAGCAGUUACUGAGUUAGCUGCACUAAACAGCUAUCGUGGUAACUUUUUACUGCGUGCAGUCAGUCUGGCGAUAGGAUCGGGUCCGCAACCAAAGACGUGGAGUCAUGUAUUUGUAAAAGACUCUGAAAUGAUUCGUUGCUGAAUUCGUUGAGACGACAAAACGAAAGACUAUUCGAUGGAUGUUUCAUAUUCUUUUUAUUGUUGCACUCGAUCGACAGUCUAACGGUAAAGGUAUCAUCUUGUGAAAAAAAUCUUCAAUUCUGAGAGAAAACAAUGUCCAACUGUUGUUCGGUUUUAUUGGUUUUUUACCGUGUUUAUUAUCAAUUAGAAGUAAUACCGUUUUCCGUCGCUUUAUUCUAUAAACUUUCUUUCUUUUCUCUCAGGAAAGAGCUUCUGAUGGUAUUUUUAAACGAAGAUAAAAAUUGCAGUGUCGAUCAAAAUGAAAAACAUUUCGAAUUAAAAACAAAAUUUCGCUUUUGCGUAUAUUUAGCGAGUCUCGACGGUUCAACGAUGGUUUCGUCGAUCUCAAAAAGGUUUCACCGGGUUUCCGCGUGGAUGCGUGAACGAGUCGGGAGGAACAUGUAUCGAUUUCGAAGGUGCAGCGCCACUUUACCCUUUACAGCUUAACUGUGUAGCCAGCGAUUGCAUGGUCGCUGCUCCUACUUUCCCCGUUGGUAAUGUGCCUACAGUUUCUUGUUUCUUUCGAAUCGCGCGCGUUUCAAAACGCGAGUGGUGUGUACUCGCGUGUAUUUCUCUCUCUUUCUCUCUACUCUGUAUUAUGUACAUAUAUAUAUCCAUGCACGUGUGAAGUACACGUUUCUAGUAACUAUAAGGGUCGGCGUCGUACGCCGAAAGAACAUGAUAGCCUUGCCAAUACGGAGAUGACCAUAAGCAAAGGAGGAUGAAUGUGCCUGUGUGUCGAGAUGGCAAGGAGAGCGUCGGUAUUCGAACGUGGACGCCCUACCUUUACAGACCGGGCCGUACUGAAAUCCAAAGAUACAUUUUACACAACGAAUUAAGUUAGCCAUAUACGUACUUCUAUUUAUUGUUUGUCACGUACUUAGAGCCGGGAAUUCGCAGCGCGCAACGAGGAAAACUUUUCCCCUCCCCCCUUAUUGAUUGUCGAACAUGGGGAACGAAGUCUCGAUACGUGAAACAAAGUCGCCGAAAGAAUCGAAAAAGCGACGAAUCGAUUAUCGAUCGAGUCUCCGUCGACUCGAUUGGUACAGUCGCGUUCGUUCUCUCGGUCGUUAUUGUGCAAAUCGAAAACACGGUCGACGAUAAUUCGUAAAGUAGAGCAAUAUAGAAAAGUUUAUCAUGAUAUAUAUAAAUAUAUACAUAUGUAAUAAUCGAUUUCUAUUCCGUCGCGUAAAGAUUACUUGUAUAUAGAUAGCCUAAUUAAACACUCUUGGUAGGUCUAUGUUUCGCGUCGUGCAUAGUCCAUGUUAAUGAGUUCUCUCAGAAUGAAACUAUAUUUAAAUGCAAUUAUACCAAAUAGUCGGUUACGGUUCGAUCGCCGUAGCGUUUAUUUCGAUAUCUCGGGACGCUCGAACGCAAAUCGAACCGACCGAUAAAGAUUUGUAUCUCCUAAUUGUCAUACUUUCUCCUUUUCCUAUCCCUCUACUCCACUUUUUCUUUCCGUGCUUUUCGUCGUUCACCACCGUCAAUCCCUGUUGCAUCACACAUAACACACACCUACAUUCACGCGCGUGCGCAAGUGUUACUUCCUUCUGUUUUCUUCGUCCGUUUCCCUCCCUUUGUCUCUCUUUUAUGCUCACUGUAUUUAUUCUUUUCUAGCGAGAGCGGCUGCGUAUGAAUCGACGUGCGCUCGUCAAAAAGUCGAGCCGUUGAAAAGUUCGCUCGGGGUGCUUUCCGUUUCGCUUUAAACGCGUCUCGCUACGAAUACGACGCGACUUUAGAGUAUUUUAGGUUCCUUCUCGAUGUUGUUUUACACACGUAUCGCGCGGUAUAUUUAUUACGAAAUAAACUGCGUAGACAUUUAGUUGAACGUCGACAGGAACCGUGGGCAUCGAAUCUACGACAAAUUCGUUGCACGUUGUAUGUAUACAUAAAGAAUGACACUUUUUCCGCGUCAUCGAUUCAAUCAAUGAUAGGGAUUCGCGACGCAUCGAACUCCAAGGCCGAAUCCAUUUCGCAAACGAGCGGGGUAAUCGCACCCGUAAUUUUAAGGUUAAGAGCGUUUCAGGGUCACAAACGAGGCGAUUCGACGAUUGUUUCGAUCGAAGCAUGAACGUGUAUAGUGAAAAAAAUUUACGUUGCACACGAUUUAUGUGAACCCUACCACGUGUAAAUAUAGGACAUACUGCAAGUAUGAAAAGUCGGAAUGAUCGAGCUCGAAACUUAAGAUAUCGGUGAUAGACCCCACAAAAAUUUGUAUAUUUACUUUCGUUAUCAUUUCGACUGUGUAUUUAUUAACGAAGUAUCGAAACGACUUGUAAUACGAAACAAACAUUACGAAAAUCAAAACGUAAAUUAGCUUUUGUUCUUUUUGUAUGUUUCACGGAAGACACCCCUCGUAAUUUUGCACUGAAUCGGCGUUUCUUUGUUCUAGUACGAAGCUUAUUUAAAGGGAGAGCAGAAAUUUCAUCGCUCGAACGAUCUUGUUUUAUUUGCAAUUUUCUGACGGAAAUUUAGUUGCUGAUUUAAAUCGAGGGUAAGCUUGUCGAUGAGUUUUCCAAAAAGAUCGGGAUUAAAAUUAUACUACGUGCAGCUGAGACCACAUGGAUGAAAAACGUUCCUCUGAACUUAUGCCCAAAAAUGCUAUAUUGAAAAAAUAUAGAUAAUCAUAAUAAAUGUUAAAAUUAUACACGUGGACAUAAGUUUAUAGAAACUUUCUUUUUCUAUUUGGUCUUGUUAACUUAUAUAACAAAAAAAUUAUUAAAAACAUCAGGCUAAUCUCGAUCAUUUUAAAGAAACAAAUAAAAAAUCGUCGACCAAAAUGUCAUGCCUGACGAGAGAAAAAUUAGCCCAACCUAAACCUAAUCCUAUCUUUAACGUUAUCCAUACCGCAUACUUAAGAACAUUAAAAUUCGCCAAGAAGUAUUUUGUACGUAAAUAUCUAUUCAAGAGCCACCUUCGAUUUUAGGUUUAGGUUAGGCUGUCUGAUGUACCUAAUCGACAAAUCCACCGAUUCGAGAGUACUUCGGUCUCUCAGUUCUAUUUCAGAAUUUCAAAUUUCUCGCUGCCAAAGUUAGCUGCUAAUCUUUUUCUUGAUGCUGUAAUUUUCAGUUACGGUCGAACAGAUUUUUGGCGGGAAUGUAUUUAAUCGACGUCGAUGUACAGAAACAAACAGGAAACGCUGUUUCAGGCCUUGCUUAACGUCGAUGCGCCGCAACGUGUCGGCGAAGUCUGCGUAAAGAACGUAUAAAGUAUGUAAACGAUAAAAAUCUAUUUAUUAAAACGGCGAAUACGUUUGAAUCUUUGGAGUGACGUUUUUCUUGAUUCGAAUUAAGAGAAUUUAAGCUAUGGAGUAAUUAUUGUAGCGCACGUGUACAUGAUUAUGUUGUAUCCUUGUUUAAACUUUGCCUAUGAAUAAGAAUAUACGAUAUCAAAACGACAAACCGACGAUUCGUUUUUUCAUUGCGUCGUUCUUUCAGAUUCUCGAUGAUUAACAUGUACGUUAUAAAUAAUUAAAGAGAAUUUUAAAUACUAAUAAUAAUUAACAGAGACGAAUA